CGACGGAGAGCAGGAAAGCUUGUAAGCAAUAAGGCUGGCCCGGGGCCCUCUCUCCAAAUCUCGGGGUGUCAUUGCCUAGCGCAAAAGGCGAAAGAGCGCGAGCGCGCUGCCUGCAACUGGAUCUCCGGCUUCUUCCUUUCCUUCCCCGAGGCGGGAGGGAGAGAUCAAGGCGGAGCUGCUGGCAGGGCGGAGAGCGAGCCGCCCAAUUGUGUGACCGAGUGAUGGAAGGGCUGCAAAGAGCCGCGUCCGAUCUCCUCCUAGGAAUGUGCCAGCGGGACUGACAUGUGCCGGAAGGCGGGGAGAACCGCCCAGCGCCGCUGCGCGGGCGCGGAGUCCAACUUGUGGAGCUGAACUAGAGAGCCGGGCGCCAGAUCGCCUUCCUCGCUUGGCUUGCCGCGAAAUUGCAAGAGGAGGAGGAGGAGGAAGGCGGCGGUGGGGGGCGGGGAGCGGAGGGGGUGCCAGGGAACACAGCCCCCUCCCAUCAUGGCCAUCAUCAUCGCCGCCCCCACUUUACAUUUAUUUUAAGGGUGUUUGGUGUGUGCGCGCGCGCCUCUCUCUCUCUCCCACUCACCCCCCCCCCCACCAGCCACCCCAUAUUCCCAAAGAACAACUUGAUCACGGGCAUCGUCGGUCCUGGAAAGGCUGGCUGUGCAAAGAUGGAGAGGGAGGCGAAAUGAAGAGGAAGGGAAGCCCCGGGCUGGUGAAAUCCAGCGCGGAGGAGAAGAGGACGCCUCCCGCAGGGGGAGUUUGCACGCCGGGAAGGAUCGGGAAGCAAUAGCAGGACGUGCGGAGAGAGAGGGGCUUUCGAAGCCACCCACCUUGGGAGCGGACUCUCCUUUAAAAAAAAUAAAUGAUGAUGAUGGAUUCUUAACAGCUGGUGGGAAUUUUAUUUUCUCUCUCUCCCUGCUUUCUCCUCCUCCCGCCACCAAGCUCGCCGCCACCAUCAGCAUCUCUUUGCAUUUGAUGUGCGAUUCUGGGAGGGGGGAAUGCAGAGGAGUUGGAGGCAAGGCGAACGGAUAUAAUAACGCGGAGAGUUUGGCGAGGAGAAGACGCGGAUGCUCCGGAUUGCUGGCUUGCUCCUGGCUGAAAUCAGAAAUCCGAUUGCGCACUGGGUUGUGAUUGGAAAUCUAAUCAGAUCCUGGGAUCGGCGAGGGGGGAGAGCGUGAGAGCAGCGGAGGGGGGGGGGCAGAGAGGGAGAGAAGAAAAGAAGAGCCCCAAAGUUGGCGUUUCUGAGAAAAUAAUUUCAGAUGUUGCAAGGGGACGCGCCUCGGUGGAGGGCGGAGGGGGAGACACGGGAAGCGCGGCCGUGGGAACCCCCGAUGUAACGUGGACGCACAUGGAUCCGCUCGCAGAGAAGGAGCCGCUUGGCCGGAGCUGAGCAGACAUAACAAAAUCGUGUUACUAAACCAAACAGCGGCCGUUUGAGACAGACGGGGCUGCUGCUGGUGGUGGUGGCGGCGGCAAAGGAAACCUUCCGCAGAAGCCAAAAACGCUUCUCUCCCACCGAGAGGGAUUCCAAGGUGGCUGAGGAUUGGAAGAAAAGAGGAGUUUGGGGGGCGGGUGGGGAGGAUCCAGCAUCCCCGGAGAAGAUCCAAGCCUGGAAUAAAAAAGUUUCUCCGAGGAGAAAGACUCCCCCUCCGCGGCGCGGAGAGACCUGACCUUCCGCUUGCUCUUUUUGAGCAGCGAGCGGGAGAGAGAAGCCAGCUGCCCGCCUCGCUUCGGCCCCCGACGACGAAGGCGCAAGCUGAGAGACGCGGGGACAUUUGAAGCAGCAGCCACGUCCUUAAGAGCUACGGGGGGAGGCGAGCAGGGAGCCGCACCAUGUAAAGGAAGGUGCCGCGGAAGCAGCCCACUCGCGGUGGAUUGGAGCCCGAGCCCGCCUGGACUGAACUCUAGAUGGAAAAUUGCAGAUGGAUAUUGAAUUUCCUUUCUUUUUUCCUUUCCGUCAAAUUGGAUUUGCUGCCGAAAUGAUGUAGUUUUGCCCUCCGUGGUCUUUUUCUGUUUCCCCCCCUUUGUUUCCCCCCCACACCUUUAUUUUCUUUUUUUCUUUUUCCCCCCUUUUCCCCAUCGGAAUUUCAUUCUGGAUAUUUCCCUCCUUCUGGGCGAUUUCUCAAAGACAAUUGAGACUAUGAAGAAAGACUGGCAGUUUGUAACAAGAGGGUUGGCUUCUAUUUUGCUGGCCCCAAGAAAGAAGUCCUUUGUCUGUGUAACUCAAGCAGAUAGACUAAUCACUAGAGCACCUGCAUUAUUGGCCAGGAACGGAGAAGGGCAGAAGAUGGACUAGGUAUUCUGACUAUUGGAACUCCUGAAGGACCAACACCAAAUAAAUUAUGAAUGUUGAACAAGAUGACCUUACAUCCACAGCAGAUAAUGAUAGGUCCUAGGUUUAACAGGGCCCUAUUUGACCCCUUGCUUGUGGUGCUACUGGCUCUUCAACUUCUUGUGGUGGCUGGUUUGGUCAGAGCUCAGACUUGCCCGUCUGUCUGUUCCUGCAGCAAUCAGUUUAGCAAAGUAAUUUGUGUGAGGAAGAACCUGAGAGAGGUCCCUGACGCCAUCUCCACAAACACACGGUUAUUGAAUCUCCAUGAGAACCAGAUCCAAAUCAUUAAGGUGAAUAGCUUCAAACACCUGAGACAUCUAGAAGUCUUGCAGCUGAGCAGAAAUCACAUUAGAACAAUUGAAAUAGGGGCCUUCAAUGGUCUGGCUAAUCUCAAUACUUUGGAACUUUUUGACAAUCGUCUUAGCACCAUCCCGAAUGGGGCUUUUGUGUACUUGUCAAAACUGAAGGAGCUUUGGUUGCGAAACAACCCCAUUGAGAGUAUUCCUUCUUAUGCUUUUAAUAGAAUCCCUUCCCUGCGAAGGUUGGACUUGGGGGAAUUGAAAAGGCUUUCAUAUAUCUCAGAAGGUGCCUUUGAAGGUCUGUCCAAUUUGAGGUAUUUGAACCUUGCUAUGUGCAACCUUCGGGAGAUCCCUAACCUCACGCCACUUGUAAAACUGGAUGAGCUAGACCUUUCUGGGAAUCACUUAACUGCUAUCAAGCCUGGGUCCUUUCAAGGAUUAAUGCACCUUCAGAAAUUGUGGCUGAUCCAAUCCCAGAUUCAAGUGAUUGAAAGGAAUGCCUUUGAUAACCUUCAGUCGCUAGUGGAGAUCAACCUGGCCCACAACAAUCUAACACUACUGCCUCACGACCUCUUUACACCUCUCCGUCUAGAAAGGAUCCACCUACAUCACAACCCUUGGAACUGCAACUGUGACAUCCUGUGGCUCAGCUGGUGGAUUAAAGACAAAGCGCCCUCGAACACUGCAUGCUGUGCCCGUUGCAACACGCCUCCUAGCUUGAAAGGGAGGUACAUUGGUGAGCUGGACCUGAAUUACUUCACGUGCUACGCUCCUGUGAUUGUGGAGCCACCAACAGACCUCAACGUCACUGAAGGCAUGGCUGCAGAGCUGAAAUGCCGAGCAUCGACGUCCCUGACCUCUAUAUCUUGGAUUACUCCAAAUGGGUCUGUUAUAACACAUGGGGCUUAUAGGGUUCGGAUUUCUGUGCUUAGCGAUGGCACGUUAAAUUUUACGAGGGUGACUGCGCAAGACACGGGCUUGUAUACAUGCUUGGUGAGUAACUCUGUUGGGAAUACCACAGCUUCUGCAACACUCAAUGUAACUGCACAGGAGUGUAUUACUUAUUUUUCAACCAUCACAGUAGAAACUGUGGAACCUUCUCAGGAUGAGGCGCGGACAACAGAACAGGUUUGGCCCACACCGGUCAUUGAAUGGGACACCACCAAUGUGACAACCUCUCUCACACCACAGAGCACAAGGUCAACGGAAAAAACGUUCACCAUCGCUGUGACAGAUUUGAGCAAUGGGAUUCCAGGAAUAGAUGAGGUUAUGAAGACUACCAAAAUCAUAAUUGGUUGUUUUGUGGCAAUCACUCUUAUGGCAGCGGUGAUGUUGGUCAUUUUCUACAAAAUGAGAAAGCAACAUCACCGGCAAAACCACCAUGCUCCAACACGAACUGUAGAGAUCAUUAAUGUGGAUGAUGAGCUUACAGGUGACACGCCUAUAGAAAGUCAUUUGCCCAUGCCAGCAAUAGAGCAUGAGCACCUAAAUCACUAUAACUCUUAUAAGUCUCCUUUCAACCACACAACAACAGUUAACACAAUAAAUUCAAUACACAGUUCAGUGCAUGAACCAUUAUUGAUCCGAAUGAACUCGAAAGACAAUGUGCAAGAGACUCAGAUCUAAAACAUUUACAGAUUUAAAACACAAGACAGUUUAUUAAAAAAAAUGACACAAAUGACUGGGCUAAAUCUACUGUUUCAAAAAAAGUGUCUUUACAAAAAAAAGAAAUUUAUUUAUUAAAAAUUCUAUUGUGAGAGAAAGCAGACAAAAUUAUGUGUAUUCCUCAGAACCUCUUUUUGCUGCACUUAUUUACCCUACUUCUUUCCUCCCCUUUCUUCUUCCCCCUUCCCAAGCCCAUUUGCCAUAUUUUUCAUAGAACAACUUGAUUCUCUAAAAAAAAAGAUUAAAAAAAAACUGGUCUAGGGAUUUUUGUAAGAAUUCUGUUAACGCUUUGGGAAUUUUUAUGGUGAAUUCUAGUGGUGAGAUUCGGUCUAUUUUGUCUUUCUUCAUUUCAUUUUCUUCUCAUGCCCUUUUUGAAAUGGUUCAACAGGGAAAUGGAUGUUAGUGGUAGAUUCAUAAGAACAAUCAAGGAACAACAACAGCAAAAAUAACAAAAUAUUUUAUUUUUAUUUUUCACAUAAUGACCUGUUCUGUAUUUCCUGAAGGGACCAUUCUGUGGAAGAAGAAAACAAAAACAAAAACAAUCCAAGAAAUUAAUUUUCAUGUGAGCAUCUAUAAAACCCAUGAUCUUUUAAACAAUUCUAGAACCAGGAUUUGUAGUUCAAACACUAAAAUAAGAUUAUAAAUAAAAUAUUGUUGGUUUUUUCUGUA